AUGGUCAAGAUGCAGAAUCUACCAACCUCACUCGCGCUGCUAGUCUCUUGUCUCCUUUUCGCGUCGAGUUCCUCGGCUCUACACAUCAGAGCUCGUCAAGCCGAUAUUCUUCCCACGCCCAUCGCGCAUCUUUCCAAUGGAGCAGCCGCGGCCCUCAUCACUCCUGGCCCUUUUCUGGAAGUUGUGGGCGACUUGAGGUUGGCACGCGCGCUUCCAACUAUCCCCGCGUGUGCCACUGCCUGCGUUUCUUCAGCAGUCCUUGAAUAUACAAAUUGCAAGUUGGGUGACACUCGUUGCGAAUGUAACAAUGCGAGCGCCGUCAACAGUGGCGCAGCGGUUUGUGUCAACAGUGCUUGCGGAUAUAUUACUGCUGUCCAGGCCCAGGUGGCGGGAGAAGAGAUUUGUAUAAGUGUGCUCGCUGGACUUGUACCCAGUAGUAACAACCCUGGUGCUACUCCUACCGGGAACAACAACUCUCCCGGCUCAUCGCCGUCGAACGGAUCGCCAAGCCCUAGCAACGGCACAAGCGGGGGCUCAGGCGGAGGGUCUAGCGGAGGAUCGGGUGGUGGAUCAUCAGGAUCAUCCGGGUCGUCUGGUUCAAGCGGUUCAGGAGGUUCAACACUCCACCGGCCUAGCAAGAAACUCUCCAAGGGCGCCAUUGCCGGCAUCGUCGUCGGUGUUGUUGUCGGUGUUGCUGCCGCAGCCGCAGCUAUCUGGAAGCUCUGCCUGACCAAGAUGAAAGGAGGAAGCACACCCACAGCCGGAGUCGAUCCAGCAGCCGCCGCUGCAGCACCCGUCGUUGUCGCUCCCGUCCAGACGGCACAAGUUUCUCCUGUCGAACCAUUCAAGCCAUCGGUCACACCCCAGACCGUCUCGAGCGUAUCACCGGCCCCGGGUUCUGUUGCUACAACUUCGCCGAUAUAUCCAAACCCAUACCCGAACGCGACUGAGCUUCCCAAUGGAUCAUAUCCACAGCCCCCUGCAGCAUAUGCGUAUCCUCCGCAUCCAAUGGGCCAGACAUAUCAUGAAGCGCAUGUACAGCCGCCAGAAGUGGCUGGUGAUACGCAUUUACCGCAAGAGUUGCACGGCGGAGCACCAGUCUACGAGAUGGGCACCCAUUAA